AUGCCGACUACGUUGGUUUGUGAAAUCACCACAGAAAAGCAGGAAUUUCUGUCGUUUUGUGCUGAUAAUCCUUUUACCUCGUGUACCCAUAAAACUAAUCUCCGUUGUCCUUCCAUCUUCUGA